GCUCGGAGAUGGUGGAGGCCCAGUGUCAGAGGUUCGAGGUGAGGAGUCCUGACGGGGAGCGGGUGCUCUUCUCCGCUGACGAGAAAGAGAUCAGCAUCGGCACUGAGAAACUGAGGGUGACAGGGAAUGAAGGUGUCGUCUUCGGACAUUCAGUGGAGACAUCCCAUAUCAGAGCAGAACCUUUCCAGGAUCUCAAGCUGGAGUCUCCCACCAGGACCCUGAGUCUGGAGGCUCCCAGAGGGGUAGAGGUCAACGCCGGGGUGGGUGACUUCAAGGCCUCCUGCCGGAAAGACCUGUUGCUCCAGUCGUCAGAAGGAGAGAUCUUUUUAGAUUCCAACACAAUUCGGCUGGGGAACAUUCCCCACGGGACAGCGGCAGACCCGCUGCACGGGGCGCCGGGCACCACGUACCCCAAACAGACUGUGUACGAGCUGUGCGUGUGCCCAAGCGGCAAGCUCUACCUGUCCCCGGCUGAGAAGGGCUCCACCUGCCAGACGACCAGCAACGUGUGUCUGUGGAGCUGAGAGAGGGGGGGCCAGCGGACCGCUGAACACCAGAAAGGCCUUCCCCUCAUUAGGAUCCCAGGAUACCAGGACCCCAACAGACCCUGAUCCGCAUCCAUACUGUUCCCCAUCCAUCGAUAGAUUUACUUUUUUUUUUUACUUUUUGACAGACAUUCUUCAUUUUCUUUCUUUCUCUGUGGUCACUCUCUCUUUCUCUCUUUCUCAUCUCUCUCUUUCUCUCUUUCUCAUUUCUCUCUUUCUCAUCUCUCUCUCUCUCUCUUUCUUUUUUCUCUUCUUCCUUCUUUCUUUGUAUUACUUUUCCUCUUCCUCUCCGUCAGUUGUUAUUUCUUUCUCUUACCCUCUCUAUUGUUCUCUCUCCUGCUCUCUUUCUCCUCCCUUCGUCAUCUCUCUCUCACAGUCCUCCCAAACAAAGAAGAAAAAUCAGGAAUCCCUUGAAAAAUGAGGCUUGGGGAAAAAGCCCCUUCUUCCAAAAGUUUGAUGGAACAAAAAAACGAUAUGAAGUGACAAUUUGUUUUCUCCUUGUUUUUCUAUUUUUCUAUCGUUCUCAGAUGGGGAAUGAGUGUUGCACCGCCGCCGGGCCGAACUUGAACCGAGAGAUUUGCGUGGACUGAUUUGUUUUUCUAAGAAAGCGAUACACAGGUGCCUUUGCUAUUGUUGGUAAAGCACAUCACCUCCAACGUUCUCAUCCUCUUCAAUGGACCAUCGUUAACUCACUGGAAAACUAACUGUCUUUGGCUUAAAGCCUUGUCCAAAUCUCUAUACAGACUUCAAGUACAGUUCUUUUUUUUUCCUCUGAUGUUUUCUUGAUAAAAAAAAGCACAAAAUUAUGCCAUGUAUAUAACAAUACCAAUAAAAUGAAAAAUAAAACUAUAUUGUUUUAUAAACACAUCCUGAAUCUGGGAAUGUUCCAGGGUUGACUUUCUACUUUUUAAUUUGAAGUGCUAUGGUCAUGUGUAUGUUCUACAUUUUGAGGUUGUGGCCAAUUUCCCUGCUCUGAAAUCAUGGUCUAAUGUAACAUAUAAAGUAAUAUUACAACAAAGUGCAGUGAUUCUCCUUUGUCUGUCAGAGCUGAAUCACUAAUCACUAUCACUUAUUUUACCAGGUAAGUUGACACAACACAUUCUCAAUCACAGCAACGACGUAGGGAAUAGUUACAGGGGAGAGGAGGGAGGAUAAAUGAGCCAAUGGGAAGCUGGGGAUGAUUAGGUGGCCAUGAUGGUAUGAGGGGCAGAUUGGGAAUUUAGCCAGGACACCAGGGUUAACACCCCUACUCUAUGAUAAGUGACAUGGGAUCUUUAAUGACCACAGAGAGCCAGGACAUCAGUUUAACGUCCCGUCCAAAAUAUGGCACCUUACAUAGGGCAAUGUCCCCUUCACUGCCCUGGGGUAGCAUCACCAUGGAAAGUAUUCGACUACAAAUAAAAAUAUUUUAGGCUUUUAAUCCUAUUGAACAAUACAGACUUAUCAUAUAAGUUUGGUAUACCCAAUCUGAUGUUUAUUUGAUUAGGAUGAUAUACUCAUUUUACCCUCACAAGACUCCAGUAUGUCCCACUUCUGCCACAUUAAGGUUACCUCAUACAGCCUCCAUCCAAUCAGGAUGCCCUCUGACAGGAGCAACAGCAACGUUUGGCCAGUCUGGAAACAACAGUUGGGUUUGUUGUGAGAUGGGACUGGGGCCAGGAUUCAAACCAAAUGUGCCGACAUUGCACUACACUUGACUUUUAUUGAAGGUCAUUUCACUGACUUGCACAGAGACCGUAUUUGCGGUAAACACAGCAGAUACCGGCUUAAACACAAACGACCUUUUUCAAGUCAAAUGUAGUGAGAUGUAGGAGCCUUGUGGUUUGUUUGAAUCCCCUUGCCAGUCUCUUUUGAGUCUUGGUCAAAAGUAAGGAAACUGGGGAGAGUUUAUAGUUAUGAUAUUUAACUAUCCAACUAGAAACAAUAUGGACACAAUAUGUUAUGAAAGCAUUAAGUGGAUACAUUGAUUUAAAAAAAGAAAAAGCUAUUUAUUCAAAUUCACAUGUAUGUAAAUACACAACCACAUGUUUUAAUAAUGAUUUAAAGGUAUAUAUAAAUAUAUAUAUAUUUUCUUAGAUUUUAUGCAAUGUGUUUGUAAGAUUGUUGUAA